AGAAAGGAGACUGUGGCUGCAAUGCUAAGCAUGCCUUCUAGGUGUGCAAGCUCCAUUAGGGCCCAGUGGAUAAAUAUGCUUAGUGAAUAUGUUUAGGAUUACACUGCGCAUAAAUUAUGACAGUCUGGGUGUGGGAGAAAAUCUGCUAGCGACCAAAGCGGAGUGGCUCUAUCUGUGCGAUGAUCCAACAGCUUGCAAGCGCUGCUCCCUUGAUGCUAUCCGCGUUUCUCUCCUACGCUACAGCUGUGGCCUAACCCUUCUGUUAUGUUAAGUUAUAAUGGAAAAUACCUUUUAUUUCCCCUCCUGUUUUAGGCCAUUCAGGAUUCUCCAAGGAGUGGGACCUCCUUUACACCUCGGCCCUUAGGGUUUCACGAGCCGCCCGUAAUAAAUAUCAUAUCCACUCUUUAAUUCAGUCCCCCCGAAAUCGCCCAAAGGUCACCGAAAAAAAACUUAAUGGAAUUCCCCCCCGCUCGCCGAAAAAACAAACAACCACGUAAGUAAAUCUCAAUUCACAGCCCGUGCCUACGAGCGGAAGGGAGAAAGAAGAGCGAAGACUGGUGACGUCCUUACUACGCGCCUGUCUCAGCAGGGUUGGCGAAGGCCCUCUCAGAAGUCGCACGUGCUUUCUCUGUGACAACUUUCUGGACUGGGGUAGAGUCGGCGAAGUGACUAUGAGGAGACCUAAUAUUUUGCUUACUGGUACCCCAGGUGUUGGGAAAACCACUCUAGGCAAAGAGCUUGCUGCAAAAACAAAUUUGGUUUAUGUUAAUGUUGGCGAUAUGGCCAAAGAAGGUCAAUUAUAUGAAGGUUAUGAUGAAGAAUAUGAAUGUCCAGUGCUGGAUGAAGAUCGGGUAAUUGAUGAAUUAGAAGACAAGAUGACUGAUGGUGGUGUUAUAGUUGAUUAUCACAGCUGUGAUUUCUUUCCUGAACGCUGGUUUAAUAUAGUAUUUGUGCUUCGCACUGAAAACUCUUUCCUGUAUGACAGACUGGAAAGCAGGGGUUAUAGAGGGAAAAAACUUCAGGACAACAUUCAGUGUGAGAUUUUUCAGACUAUUUAUGAAGAAGCAAUGUCCUCUUAUAAAGAAGAAAUUGUCCACCAGUUGCCUAGCAACACUCCAGAUGAUAUGGAGCAGAAUUUAGAUCAGAUUAUACAGUGGAUUGAACAAUGGAUAAAAGACAAUAACUGAAAAUUAUUAAGAAUAAUCUUCAAAAAAACCUUAUGAAAUAAGAUUUGGUUUUGUGUAGGUAAAUUAACUAAUGCUUCAGUCAUUGGCGAAAUGAUAAUAGCUAACUGUCUGAGAAAAUAAGAAAAUUAUGGAUUUCUGAGGCCCAACAGACUCAUGUUGUACUUUCAGACUCGUGUUGCACUUUCAUUGGAAGUCAUAAGUUAUAGUACUUUGGAGGUCAAACAUUCAUAGUAUAAUCCUAUUAAUGUCAAAGCCCACUGAUUUUAUUUUUAUUUUUUUAUAUAUUUUUUUAUUUUAAUAUGCUUAGGCUGGAAUAAACUCAAUAAUAUUGCACUAUUAAGAAUGCUUGAAGACAGUUUUGGGUAAAAAAACUGAUUAAACAAAUCCUGACUGAGUUCUCUGAAUUAGAAGCUGCCAACAUUUCUGUCCCUGUAUGCAUCUUUUUAAAAAAAAACACAAAAAAACUUGACUUUUUUAUCAGCGUGCUUAAAAUAGUGGGGACCACACGACUUAAACCUUAUGAAGAAGUUAUCCUGAUAAUUUUUACUGAAUUAAUUUUUUACCUUUAAUGGAUUUUUGUGUUUUAUAAAUCAUAAAAGUAGAUCCUAGCCAACUUUCUACUGUCAGAAAAAGAUGGAAGCAUUCAUCCCCCCCCCCUCUUUUUUCUUUUUACACAUUGGUGUUAUUCAUCAACAGACCUCUGUGGUGCUGAAACAUUAGUGGUAUUUUGCAGAAUUUAGCAACAGGAGAAUACCUUUGGAUGUUCUUCCUGUAUAAAUGCAGUAAAUAAGAAACCGGUUGUUGGUAUUGCUUGUAUCAGUCUAGAUAUUUGCUUGGUGAAGUUAUUUGCUAUUGCCUGAAUGUAGAUUUAUCCUCCUCAAGGCUAGCAGAGAAGCUUUGGACAAUACAACCUAAAGUUCUGAAAGUUUUAGAACUGAUCCUCAUGAAUCAGGUUUCUUGCAUAGACAUCACUUCUUCAAGGAAAUUGUAUUUUUCCACGUGCUUGUCAUUCUAUAUGGUGUAUUAAUAUACCUGUUUUAUGUAAUAAGAAACCCCAGUUUGAAUGCAGCUUCUCACAUAUAUGACAAAAUAUAAGUAUGUCUUAAGGUUUGUUUACACAGAAAUGAUGUGUUUUAUUUGUAGUCUUUCUUGUAAAAACUAAAUUCAAAUUGGCUGUGUAGUUUCUUUACACAAUAAUAUUUAAUUCUUGUCUGUAUGUUUUGAAGUGCAUCUUACGAUUUUCAUUUAGGAAAACUCAGUUUAUAUUAACCUUUUAAAGUUUGUGUUAGAAAACAGCUGCAUUUUUCUUCUUGUAAAAAAUUGUUUCCAGUAGUUCUGACAUCUUUAAAAAAAGUUUCUGUAUAAAAUGCAACAGCACCUGAACCAGGAAAAAUAUGUUGCGAAUUGCAAAAUUACAUUAGCUUCUGUACCUUUUUUUUUUUUUAAGAAGUCUCUGGAAUUUGUUUUCAAGGGAUUGUUUUAAAAUACAAUGAGGUCAUAAAAA